AUGUACGUUUGUGUGGCUGGGGGUUCGGGGCUAUUUUCAUGUAGCCCCGGGCGUCGGAUCUUUCUUCUUCUUUCUUUCUUUCAUUCAUUCUUUCUUUCUUUUUCUUUCUUUCUUUCUUUCAUUCUUUCAUUCUUUCUUUUAUUUCUUUAUUUCUUUCUUUCUUUCUUUCUUUCUUUCACUUACCUUUUUAGAAUUUUUUCUUUCCAUCAUUUAUUCUUUCUUUUUCUUUCUUUCAUUUAUUCUUUCUUUUUCUUUCUUUCAUUUAUUCUUUCUUUUUUUUUCUUUCUUUCAUUCUUUCUUUUUUUUUCAUUUUUCAUUUUCUUUUUUUUUCUUUUUUUUUCAUUCUUUCUUUUUUUUUUCUUUCUUUUCAUUCUUUUCUUUCUUUCUUUCAUUUAUUCUUUUCUUUUUUUAUUCAUUCUUUCUUUCAUUCUUUUUUUUCUUUCUUUUUUCUUUCAUUUAUUUAUUCUUUUUUUCUUUCUUUCUUUCAUUUAUUUUUCUUUUUUCUUUUUUUUUUUUCUUUCUUUCAUUUAUUCUUUCUUUUUUUUCUUUCUUUCAUUUAUUCUUUCUUUUUCUUUCUUUCUUUCAUUUAUUCUUUCUUUUUCUUUCUUUCUUUCUUUCUUUUUUCUUUCUUUCAUUUAUUAUUUCUUUUUCUUUCUUUCUUUCUUUCUUUUUUUCUUUCUUUCUUUCAUUCUUUCUUUUUUUUCUUUCUUUCAUUUAUUCUUUCUUUUUCUUUCUUUCUUUCAUUUAUUCUUUCUUUUUCUUUCUUUCUUUCUUUCUUUCUUUCUUUCUUUUUUCUUUCUUUCUUUCAUUUAUUCUUUCUUUUUCUUUCUUUCUUUCUUUCUUUCUUUUUCUUUCUUUCUUUCUUUCAUUUAUUCUUUCUUUUUUUUCUUUUUUUCUUUCAUUCUUUCUUUUUUUCUUUCUUUCAUUUAUUCUUUCUUUUUCUUUCUUUCUUUCUUUUUUCUUUCUUUCUUUCAUUCUUUCUUUUUCUUUCUUUCUUUCAUUUAUUCUUUCUUUUUUUCAUUCUUUCAUUUAUUCUUUCUUUCUUUCUUUCUUUCACUUACCUUUUUAGAAUUUUUUCUUUCCAUCAUUUAUUCUUUCUUUUUCUUUCUUUCAUUUAUUCUUUCUUUUUUUUCUUUCUUUCAUUCUUUCUUUUUUCUUUCUUUCAUUUACUCUUUCUUUUUCUUUCUUUCAUUCUUUCUUUUUUCUUUCUUUCUUUCAUUCUUUCUUUUUCUUUCUUUCUUUCUUUUUUCUUUCUUUCAUUUAUUCUUUCUUUUUCUUUCUUUCUUUCUCUCUUUUUUCUUUCUUUCAUUUAUUCUUUCUUUUUCUUUCUUUCACUCUUUCUUUUUUCUUUCUUUCUUUCAUUCUUUCUUUUUCUUUCUUUCUUUCAUUUAUUCUUUCUUUUUUUCUUUCUUUCCUUCAUUCUUUCUUUUCUUUUCUUUCUUUCUUUCAUUCUUUCUUUUUUUCUUUCUUUCAUUUAUUCUUUCUUUUUCUUUCUUUCUUUCAUUUAUUCUUUCUUUUUCUUUCUUUCUUUCUUUUUUUCUUUCUUUCAUUUAUUCUUUCUUUUUAUUUCUUUCUUUCUUUUUUCUUUCUUUCUUUCAUUCUUUCUUUUUCUUUCUUUCUUUCAUUUAUUCUUUCUUUUUUCAUUCUUUCAUUUAUUCUUUCUUUCUUUCUUUCUUUCUUUCUUUCAUUUACCUUUUUAGAAUUUUUUCUUUCAAUCAUUUAUUCUUUCUUUUUCUUUCUUUCAUUUAUUCUUUCUUUUUCUUUCUUUCUUUCAUUUAUUCUUUCUUUUUCUUUCUUUCUUUCUUUCUUUUUCUUUCUUUCUUUCAUUUCUUCUUCUUUUUUUCUUUCUUUCUUUCAUUCUUUCUUUUUUAUUCUUUCUUUCUUUCAUUCUUUCUUUUUUUUUUCUUUCAUUAUUUCUUUUUUUCUUUCUUUCAUUUAUUCUUUCUUUUUCUUUCUUUCUUUCAUUUAUGCUUUCUUUUUUUUUCUGUCUUUCAUUCUUUCUUUUUUUCUUUCUUUUAUUUACUCUUUCUUUUACUUUCUUUCAUUCUUUCUUUUUUCUUUCUUUCUUUCAUUCUUUCUUUUUCUUUCUUUCUUUCAUUUAUUGUUUCUUUUUUUCAUUCUUUCAUUUAUUCUUUCUUUUUUUCUUUCUUUCUUUCAUUCUUUCUUUUUUUUUCUUUCUUUCUUUCAUUCUUUCUUUUUCUUUCUUUCUUUCAUUUAUUGUUUCUUUUUUUCAUUCUUUCAUUUAUUCUUUCUUUUUUUCUUUCUUUCUUUCAUUCUUUCUUUUUUUUUCUUUCUUUCUUUCAUUCUUUCUUUUUCUUUCUUUCUUUCAUUUAUUCUUUCUUUUUCUUUCUUUCUUUCUUUUUUUCUUUCUUUCAUUUAUUCUUUCUUUUUCUUUCUUUCAUUCUUUCUUUUUUUUCUUUCUUUCUUUCAUUCUUUCUUUUUUUCUUUCUUUCAUUUAUUCUUUCUUUUUCUUUCUUUCUUUCAUUUAUUCUUUUUUUUCUUUCUUUCUUUCAUUCUUUCUUUUUUUUUCUUUCUUUCAUUUAUUCUUUCUUUUUCUUUCUUUCUUUCAUUCAUUCUUUCUUUUUUUUUCUUUCUUUCUUUCAUUCUUUCUUUUUUUAUUUUUUUUCUUUCUUUCUCUCUCUCAUUUCUUUUUUCUUUUUUUUUCCUCAAUUUCUUUCGUUUCUUUCUUUGUCUCUUUCUUUCUUUCUUUCUUUCUUUCUUUGUGUCUGUUUCAAAAUUGUUUUUUUCUUUAUUACAUUUCUUUCUUUCUUUUUCACAGUUUUUCUUUUCUUUUUCUUCAUUUUUUCACAACUUUUUCGUUUUUCUCUCUCUUUUUUUCUUCUUUCCUUCUUUCUAUAUCGAGUCUAA